UGGGAGGAUGUGCCCAACGGGCGCUUAUCGUUACGGACCCCAUACGCGGUUCCAGCAUCAUCACAAUCACGUUGUUGGUUUCAACCUCCGGGAUAUGAAGCAUCCAUCGUCGUGUGUCUACUGCAGAAUAAAGGACAAGUUUGCUGACUUUUCUUGCUGGUAUCCUGCCGCAUCUGCUGUUGCAUCGCACCAGCAUGGCACGAACAAGCUGAUCUCACCUUGCUCACCCACCUACUCCGUAGUCCGUACUGCAGUAUGUGCAAUCCAACAUGGCCAACCAACUUCCCAUUCACCGACCAAUUCUAUUGGCAAUCAAUACUGCACCAGCAGUGGCCCCCGAAGCCCCCCUGCUCUCCUCGAGGCGGGUAUUGUGCGCAACGUCGCAUCUUGCCGCCCCCAUUGGCUCAUCCGCCCGGGGGCCGACCAAUUGAACGGCCCCUCUCGAACUCGGCGCUUAGCAUCCCUCAUCACCUCCGCUCCUCAUUGGACCUCCCCGUUGUGACGGCGCACCGUCGGUCAACCACGGCACAUGCAGCUCAGCGGCCCUUUCAACCCCCAUUGCCCUGAGCUUACCCGGCCACCCGCCCGCCUGGCCCCCCUCUUUGGACAGGUGAAUGGCGAUGAAUGAAUGGAGCAAAUGGGCGGCGGCGAAUGGGUUGACCUGCAGGAGGGAGGGAGAUAUGGCCCUUAAACUGCCACCCUGCCCCCAUCCGACCCAUUGAGAGGCUCAUUCUUUACUCUUGGUCCCUUUUCUCACUCUUCACUCUCAUUGAAGAUUCGACCUCCUGUCGAAACGUCGAAGACGACAGUAAAGCUCGAAUCCCGCAAGUCAGAUCGCGAGGUUCUUCUCAUUGCGUUCAAGUGCUGGGUACUUGGCCAAUGUGAAAUCCCAUUGUUUGCUUUGGCGAACAAUCGCGCCUAGGAAUACAACGAACACACUUUGAACCCCCAAAAGUCUUGGCAAAGAGAGACACAGAGAGCGGAGAGAGUUACAACCCUACGACUUCAUUAAGAGGACAACCCCCCAAAGCGACACGGGCAUUGACACGCCUCUCGUCAAACACGCAUACACGACAAGAAACGUUGGAGAGCAGAAGGAGAAGAAGGAAAGAUGACGUACAAGAUCUUGCACAGGAAAUGGCUGCUGCGGAAAUGGAUGUGGACGCUCAUGCCGCUGGAGCUGGCCGGCCUCGUCCCGCUCCUCGUCCUCUUCGGCAUCGCGCAGCCGGACCUCUACCGGACCAAGCUCUGGGAGGUCGGGCACGCCUACGGCUUCAACUCGAACCCAAAGAUGAUUCUCUACGCCUACGCAAAUUAUGAGCCGUACCCCAAGGUCCCCUUUGUAUGGACACGAACACUCACAGACUUCAACGUCGCCAUCUCGGUAAUCACCCUCUUCCUCCUCCUCACCAAACUCGUCGCCUUCAUCAUGAAGUUCUGGUUCCCCCUCCUCGCCGCCGGCAUCAACGUCGCCAUGGUCGCCCUCUACACCGUCUCCGUCUACGGCCAAAUGGGACCCGACCACGCCGACCCGCGCUACCCGUCCUCGAUCGCCUGGUACGUCGCAAAGUCGUGCGACUACGCCCGCCCCUUUAGCGCCUACAAGAGUUGCCAGCUCGCAAAGGGCACCUUCGCCGUGACGGUCUACAUGCUUGCGCUCUACCUCGCCAACUUGGGCAUCGCGCUGUACGUGCUGUGGCCGAACGCGGGCGAUAAAGUCGACGGCGACGAGGACGAUGACGGCAAGGGCAGCAGCGACGGCAGCUCACCGGUGGAUUAUGCCAAGGAGGGGAGGGAGUGGGAGAUGAGGGAUUGGCAUGCCAAGGGCGGGCCGGCGAGUCCGCGGGUCGGGGUCGUGCCGUAUACGCCCAGGACGCAGGCUUUCCAUACACUUGAUAGGAAGUUGCCGUUGAGGCAGCAGUAUGGCUAAAGGGGGAUGAUGCAUUGGUGGAAGGGGAAAUGAGAAGGUUACGUGGAAGCACGGAAAGAUUUCAAAGGAGGGAUGAAGGUGGCUGAGAAGAAUAUCACUUCUUCCACAUUCUCUACAGUCUCCAGGAGGCGCCGGCGUGGUUUUAACUCUAUUAUUUCAUUGUCUAUUUUAUUUUAAUGUUGAUAUACCACCUAUCGGAUGAAGUUAUACACAUUCGCGUAACAAGAAAACCCCAACUCUUGACUUUGAGAUCACAAG